AUUGCACUUAAUUCAACAAAAUGAGGGGAUAUGUGCUUUUCUACUUGCUGGCAUUCUGCUCUGCUAAGCCAUUUAAAUUACCUCCAAAGUACAUGGCAUUAACUGACUUAAUGCUGCAAGAUAUGGAAGAUGAUAGUGAUGAAGAUGAUGACAACAACUCCCUGUUUAAAAAUAAGUUUGCUUUUCAAGCUACUCCACCACCAUUUGAAAUAUUUCCAUCGUGCCCAUUUGGAUGCCAGUGUUUUUUAAGAGUGGUCCAGUGUUCUGACCUUGGGCUGACCUCCAUACCAAACAAAAUUCCUCCUGACACAAGGCUAUUAGACCUCCAAAACAACAAAAUAAAAGAAGUCAAGGAGAAAGAUCUAGAGGGCCUUUCCUCUCUCUCAGCUUUGUUUCUGAACAACAACAAGCUGUACAAGAUUGAUCCAAAAGCAUUCCAGUCUACAAACAAGCUUCGCAGACUGUACCUUUCACACAACCAGCUCACAGAGAUCCCUUCCAACCUUCCCAAAUCUCUGGCAGAGUUAAGAAUUCAUGACAACAAAGUUAAGAAAGUACCAAAGGAUUCUUUUAAAGGAAUGGCAUCCUUACAUGUUUUAGAAAUGAGUGCAAAUCCGCUUGAAAAUGAAGGAAUUGAGCCAGGAGCAUUUGAAGGAUUGACAGUUUAUCACAUAAGAAUUGCAGAAGCCAAACUUACAUCUAUCCCAAAAGGCUUGCCAUCAUCUAUCUAUGAGCUUCAUCUUGAUCACAAUAAAAUAUCAUCCAUAGAACAGGAGGACCUCAUACGUUACAAACAACUUCAGAGGCUGGGAUUAGGAAACAACAAAAUCAAAGAUGUAGAAAAUGGAAGUUUUGCCAGUAUUCCAAACAUAAGAGAGAUACACUUACAAAACAAUAAGCUGAAGAGGGUUCCUCCAGGAAUACCAGAUUUAAAAUAUCUACAGGUCUUAUUUCUUCACUCAAACAGCAUUGCAAAAGUGGAAGUGAAUGAUGUCUGCCCCCCGCCACCCAAGCUAAAGAAGUCUCUGUAUAGUGGUAUUAGCCUUUUCAGAAACCCUGUGAAAUACUGGGAAGUACAACCUGCCACAUUUCGCUGCACUUUGGGCAGGAAUAGUGUGCAAUUUGGAAACUUCCGAAAAUAAAAGCACAUUGUGCGGUCAUUACAGCCCUAGUGAAUAGAAACAGCAAUCUAUUUUGGACUUGAGCAAUUUCUAAACUAUGGAAAGACUGUGCAACAUUUCUGUAUUCUCAGAUAUAAUGCUUGAUGAAAAUAGAGUGUUUACAGAGUAAUUGCAUGGCAUAUUUUUUACAUAAUAAUCAAACACUUGAUACUUGGUUAAAUAAAAUGAAAGUUGUAGCUCCAAAG